UCUUCUUCAUAUUAAUGGACAGCUAAAACAAGGAACGAUGUGGUUCGUGUGCAUAUAUUUUAUGAUUUGGUGUCCUUUCGCUGUUGUGGAUUUACUUUCUACGACCGACAUAUUCAAAACUUUAUUCAACCGAACAGAUCUACAUUGCUCGUCUUCUUGUAGGAGAAAUGAGUAUCAUCUUGUCAGUUGUUGUAUGUGUGAUAUGUACAAAACGCGAGAACAACUAUAUUCUUUGAAAGUUUCGUACAAUGCCAUUUUGGAAUAUACUGAAAUAGAAGAACCACAUGUUUUGAAUGUUUUUUACCGGAUACAACACGUAUCUAAAUACAUAACGAGACUCCCAGUCAACCUAUGUAAUUUUACAGAAAUCGUUCAAAUGGAUUUUUCUUACAAUGAGAUAAAAAGAAUUGACAAUAUUUCUUGCAUCAAAAGCUUAGACACUCUUAAAAUGCGUAAAAACAAAAUAGAGUAUUUGAGGAACGAUACCUUUAUCGGAAUGAAGGUUUUACGCAAUAUUGACCUUUCAUACAACCGUUUGAGGUACGUAGAACCAGGAUUGUUAUUAAACAUGGCUGCAAGUCUUCUUAAUUUUGAUGUGUCUAAUAAUCUAUUGACCACAGUAGAUAUCACUAAUAUUUUGUGGGAAAAUCAACCAGCGUUCUGCGAAACCGAUUUUUCCUUCAAUAAGAUAACAAGUAUAAGCAAUCAACUAGAUUGGACAUGUAAAACUAAUACACAAUUUGGAUUUGGAGGAUAUGUUAAUUUAUCUAACAAUAAUUUGUCACAUUUUGUGAAAUUUUCUAAAAUAGGAUUUAGAAAUUUUUUUUUCUUAGGAAAACUACUAUCCUAUGGAUUUGAUUUACGAGAAAACAAUUGGAUAUGUGACUGCCAGAUGUAUUUCUUAGCAUCAAAAUCGUCUAUUCUUUUAGAUAAGAUGCAUAGAACCUAUUUCGAAGUAACUUGUCAUUCUCCUCCAGAAUUCAAAAACGUCCUUCUAAUUGACAUUAUUAAACACCAAUCUCUCGAUUGUUUAAUCUGUAAUUUAACAAUUGCUGACAGAUGUCCUCCACAAUGUCGUUGUUUUUACCAGCCUAGUAGAUCAAGAACUGUAGUGAAUUGUUCUGGAACGGGACGUAGAAGAUUACCAUCUGCAAUGCCAUUGCGAACUGAUCUUGAGGUAGAUUUUUCAAGUAAUAGAUUAUCAAGUAUGCUUAACAUUAAUCAUGAAAUAAAAACUACUAGUAAUGGAAGUAUACUAUAUUAUUAUAGCAAAUAUAUAAGAAAACUGGAUUUAUCAAACAAUAACAUCGAAAUAAUACCGGAUGAUCUUAUUGUUAAAUUACGAAAUGUAAGUUUGAUUAAUUUGUCAAAAAACAAAAUAACGAACAUUCCACGUAUUUUGCAAACUUUAAACCCUUGCCAGAUAAACUUAGGAAAAGUCGUGAUUCACUGUAAAUGCAACGACAUUUGGAUACAAAAUUGGCUGCCAUCAUUUCAUAGCAAAUGUUUCAAUAAUACGAGAGUAUAUUGUAGGAACAAUAAUGAAAAAGUGAACAUAUUGAAUAUGACAAGACAUCAGCUUGGAUGUAGACUUUACAAUGACUAUAUCUUAUGUUUGAACAUUUCACUUGCCGUGGCAGUGUUUAUUGUUACUGGAUCAGCGCUUUUUAUCUAUACUCUCCGUUUUGAACUUUUCAUAAUGACACGAAAAAUUCUGAAGUAUUUCAAAGGAAUAGUAGUUUCAUCAGACGCAUAUGCAUAUGAUAUCUACAUAUCUUGCAAUGAAAAUGACGUUUAUUUGCGACAUUGGCUGACGUCAUCAUUUGUCCCUUUUCUGCAAGAAGAAAAACUCCGUGUGUUUUUACCUUAUCGAGAUUGUCAAAUAGGGCGACUACGUGAGGAGGAAACAAUUGAUAUAAUGUCGACGAGUCUUAAUUUCGUAAUUUUGCUUUCUGAAGAUUGUGAAAGUUCAACAGAAAUGUGGAUUAAGAAAGAAUGGAAAUAUGCAUGGUACAAUUAUAGGUAUGAUAUCAAUCGAGAAAUAGUCGUUAUAAAUUAUGACAUGCUGGUGUAUCAAGAUGUGGCACACAAAUAUUUGAGAGCAUUUUUAAAAAUGCAUCAUUUUAUAAAUUUUUCAAAAAAGGAUAAACUCAUCAAGGCAGAAGUGUACUCAAGACUCCAACAUGAUCAUGAUGCCGUAUUCGGAAAGAAAUGCUGCAACGGGGAACGUGCAACAAGGCUUGAUACUAAUGUAGACACCGACAAUGAGACGACAAAUCUUAAUAUCAAAUAUGAUAAUAAAUCAAAAGAUUCUUUACAUGUACAGUUAUAAACUCAUUUUAAAAUCAUGUCUACGGUAAUAAAGUAUAACAAAAUAAUAAUAAGUAAUAACAACUUAUUCAACAUAAAAUAGACACUAACAUAGGUCUCAGCAUUAUAAUGCACUGACUAGAUAUCUUAUUAAGAUUUAUUUAUUAAAUGAAUUCAAGGAACUAACUACGUAGAGGAAAACUAGGAAUUUGUGUCAUUAGGAAACAUUUAACUUUCAAAAUUGUCUUAUGAAUCGUUCAAAUUCACAAGUACAUGUAAAUUUUAUACACUUGGGAUGGUUCUUAACGUUACGAAUUGUUUUGAGAUCAACUGAAAGAUACACUUGGUGAUUAUGUAAUAGUUAAUGCAUAACAGGAUGUUCAUUUGUAAAAAUAUCUAUCAGAAGAAACGAACUGGUUGAAAUGCUUGAGAAAGACAUACAUAUCUAAACGAUAAACACAAUUAAGCAAUCAACAAUUGACCAUGCACUUUAGGUCCUUCCGUUAUUAUAGUAACAUAGUAUUAUUGUAUUUUUAAAGAAUAAUUAGCCAUUUGAUCUUGUAUUCAUAAUAAUAUUGUUUAUAGUGA